GACACUACAAUGACAUUCCGCACGGUUGGAUUCCUUGUCCUAGUAUCACUCUGCUUCAGCGCAAAAUUACCCAACAGUUUCCAAAAAUGCAACCGCAAACAGCCCGAUUUGAAGGACUGUUUGCUGAAAGCCGCCCAAGAUGGUCUGUCCCAGCUGGCCCAGCCGGUCCUGAAGGACCUCAUGCCCAGCAUAAACCCCAUCGAGAUCCCCGAAGCCACCAUCAAAGAAGGCCAGGGGGCGGUGGAGUUCCAGCAAAGUUUCAAGGACUGCAAAAUUUACGGGUUCCAUUUGGUGAAGCUGGACGCUUUCGACUGGAAUUUUGAAAAGAAAACUCUGUACAUGGGAGGAUUCUAUCCGGAGUUUAAAAUUCACUGUCACUACGAUUUCGUUGGGAAAAUUCUGGUGGUUCCGAUUGAAGGAUCCGGGCAAAGCAGGAUCACGAUGGAAAAUGUGACGAGUUACAUGAAUUUGGGAUACGAAGAAACGAAGAAAAAGGGCAAAACGUAUGUGAAGUUUGUGUCCAGUGAGGCCACUUUGGAGCCAGGACUAAUUUCCUUUAACUUUGAUAAUUUAUUCGAUGGUGAUAAACUCCUGGGGGAUAAUGUCAAUAAAUUGCUCAAUGAGAACUGGAAGGAAGUUUUUGAGGAUGUUAAAGGUGGCUAUGUCGACCUUAUAAGACAGGUUUUUACGAGUAUCGUAAACAGCUUGUUUUCCAAAGUGUCCUUAGAGGAGCUUUUAGACUAG